AUGGAGUGUAACCUGGGCAGCGAAAUAGGCCUCAAGAUGCGCAGUGCCGUCAAGGCGAAGCUGCUGGAACUGGGCACGGGCGGCUCAUCCGGCUUUAUAGACGACGAACUGCCGGACUACGUGAUGGUGAUGGUGGCCAACAAACGAACCAAACAGCAAAUGGCCGCCGAGUUAAAUCUCUUUCUGGGCGACCAGACGGAUCUCUUUGUCACUUGGCUGCACGAAGUUCUCCAGAAGCUGCAGGAAGUCACAUUGCCCACAGCCAGUGCGUCCAGCAAGAAGCGCAAGUCCCGACAGCUCGAAGCACCCUCCAAGUCAAAGGAAAAAGACAAACGCCACUCGAAGAAGGAUAAAAGGCUGCAGAGAAAGUCGGGCGAUGAGAUGCCAGAUGCACAGUCAAGCUCUGCGGAUGCAAUGCCCGUGAUUAGCUCCAUAACCGAUGCCUUUGCCGAGGAGCUGCUGGAGAAAGCCAAAAAAUCGCUUGACAUCGACAUCAAUGCCAAGGAUGAGAUUGUGCACAAAAAGAAGCGCAUGUCAAUGGAGAGCGACGAGGACGCUGGAGACGCAGAUGAGGCGGCACCCACUACAGAGACAAACUCAACCACCGCCAGCGGCGUCAAUCGGCAAAAGGAUCUGGCCGAGCUGGCUGAGAUUCAAAAGAAAAUCCAUGCGGCCAAGAAGCAUUUGCGCCAAAUAGGCGAAAUAGAGGACGAGAGUGAUGUGGAGGAGGAGGAGGAGGAGGACGACGAAGACGGCGAUCUCUUGAACAUCAACGAACAGGAGGAGGAGCCGGAAGCCGUUGAAGCUAUGCAAGAAGAGGUCCCUCCGGCACGCAAAACCAAAAGUCCCAUUGUCUUCAAGAGGCGAGAGAGAACUCCUCCCGUGGCGCGUGUCGAGCCGGAAAUUGAUGCCCGCCAGGCGGCCAAGAUGGAUGUGGAGAUUGAGAAGGAAAAGGAAAAGGAAAAGCCCAAGGAGGAUCGCUCGGAACGACGUUCGGUGCAUGAUCGUCUGGGCUCCAAGCAGGCCUCCCAGCCGUCAACAGAGCGUCCGCAACGUGGCCAAAAAGAGCUCUAUGUACCGGCACAUCGUAGACGCUUGGAGGCAUCGGAAGUACAGGUACCCAAGGAGCGCAGCCAGCGUGAACGCUCCAGGGAACGUCGCUCCAGUCGCGACAAUCUGCGAGAAUCGAAUCGUGCACAUCGCCAGCGACGUUCGCCCAGCCCCGAGGCACCCAAGCAACGCAUUGGGUCGCGUGUCAUUGUGGCUGUGCACAAGCCGCCAGAGCCCUCGGAUGAUGAAGAUAUGGCGGAUAAGCCGGUCAAUUCGGUCAUCAAGAUCAAGCCCAGGCCCCAUGUGUCGCCACGGAGACAGGCGUGCAAGAAUUUACUCAUGAGAGCUGUGGCCGAUGCCCAGAGAUCAACGAUUCUGGCCAAGUCAGCAGCGCCAUCGGUAAAGAAAGAUGUUGAGGAGGUGGAGCUGGUCAGCACCUCGCUGGGCAAACGCAAGGCACCCGAAAAGAGCGAACGGGAACGAUCGCGUGACCGUGCCAAGCGCAGUGCACCCACCCCAGAGCUGUUCAGGCGCAGCACUCGAGAGUUGGUGGUGAAUGUGCUACAGCGGGAUGCGUCUGGCAAGCAACAGCACUCCUCCGCCAGUGCCUCUCGACGCUCCAACGAUAGUCAUGCCGAGCUAAAGCUGAAAGUGGUGGAGGAAGAGUAUGGGCCCAGUCUCGUGGCCGAGGACUAUGAGCCGUAUGUGCCGCAGCUACUGAAUCACGUGGAGGAUAUAGAUCUGCACAUUGGUUCGCCAGAGGCGAGACCCAGCUCGAAAGGACCCAAAACUCAAUUUGUGGUGACGCUGAAUGGGGAGAAAACCAACAGGCCGGAUAGAGACUCUGCCUAUCGCAAGCGCAGCAUCUCGGUGUCAUCCUCGCCCGUAGCCACAACACCACAACAAGUGACCUCCUCCAGUGCGGAAAUAACAGCUGCAGCUGCCUCCUCCUCCUCAACACUCGACAGACGUCGCAAAUCCAAUCGAGCAUUGAGCAUCAGCCCAUCGCCCAACUCGAGCCCAUCUCAUCAAGUCACACGAAGUCUGAAGCGUAAUGAGGUGCUCAGGCAGCAGCAGGAAAUCAAAAAGAUCAUCAUCAAAAAUGACACAGACGAGGACGAUGAGACGCACAGUGCACCGCCAAAGAAGACUCAGUUGCCGCACAAGCGAUCCUCGGGCGGCACUGCCUCGGCCCCGGCCAAUGGUCACAAGGAAAAGCGAGCAAAGGCUGCCACAGAGGAGCGCUCCAAUACGCCACCACUGCCGGCCACAAGCCGUCAAGCCUUGCCCAAGCUGGAGAAGCGAGCUGUCAGCAAAGAGAAACCGGCAAAUGCAAAUGCAAAUUCAAACUCAAGUGUAGAGCCUGCAGCGGCAACAGCAACGACAGUUGCACCAGUGUCUGUUAUAGUCUCUGCAACUGCCAAAAAUAAACACACGCCCAUACGCUUUACAUUAAAGUCGGAGGACAAACCACAAGCAACGGCACAGCCACCGGCACAGCCUGCAUCAAGAAAGCGUCGCUCGGGCAGUCACGAACGUGCUACGUCGUUGGAGAGGCGCAAAGUGCCCUUGCGGAAUUUAGAGGAUAGAAAAUAUGACAAUUUGCCGGCAUUAAGCGCCGUCAGCGUGGACUCGGCCGUGUUGAAGGUGAGCAAGCCCAAGGAGCGUUGCAAAUAUCAUCCAAGUUGCACUAAACAAUUCUGCGAAUACUAUCAUCCAACGGCGCCAUGCAAGUCCUUUCCCAAUUGCAAGUUUGCGGACAAAUGUAUGUACUCGCAUCCCAAGUGCAUGUACGACAUGUCGUGCAUGAGCAUCGACUGUAAUUAUGCACACAGCGGGCAGCGGGAUCUCAGUCAUGUGCAGCUAACAGCACCGCCCUUAUCUUCCCAUGUUAUACCCGUGCAGAACUAUAAAUCAAUAUCGGCACCCAUGACGGCCACCACAGCGACGACAAUGUGCAAAUAUUAUCCAAAUUGCACCAAAGUGGGCUGCACCUUCUAUCAUCCAAAGCCUUGCCGUUUCGGCAAGAAUUGCGUCAAUAAGCUGGAGUGUGUCUUCUAUCAUCCGGAGAUGCAGAGCAAAUUCAAAUGGGUUGCCUCAAUGGGCUAAGCACCAUCAAUUUUAACAAUAUUUAGCUAAUGUCAUUUUAAUCACUACAACUACCCCGCGCUCUACGGCUCCCUGCUACGCUAGAUCCCCGCUACACCAAAACCUUUUUUUCUA